AUGCCUUACCAUAAGAACGACCUCCCCUAUAUCCGCCGCUAUAUCACCACCCACAAUACCGAGGGUGAAUCAGUAUUUCUCUCCCAUGCACAAGUUCCCGACUACCUCCCGUCGACUCCAAGCGGGGAUGAUGGCGAGAUUGCCCUGCUAUACGCUACGACUAGUAUGCCAGCCUCAGUUGGUUCUGAAGCGGAUGUCGCCAUGUACGACGAGUUCCUGCAUCAACCUCCUGGAAUCACAGUCGACGGCGGAACCGUUUUCCGUCUAAUCGAUCUCCGUCCUGGAAGGGCAACUCCAAUGCAUCGAACAGUGAGCGUCGACUAUGGGGUCAUAAUCGAAGGGGAGGUUGAUCUUGUACUGGACUCAGGUGCCAGUCGAAGUAUGCAUCGUGGCGAUGUGAGUGUCCAAAGAGGUACUGCACAUUCAUUCCGGAACCGGAGUGACACAAAAUGGUGCCGCAUGCUGUUUGUCUAUCUACCAAUGGAAAAGUUGAAUAUCCAAGGGAAGGAUCUGGAAGCUGAGGUAUAUGAUGAGGGAUUCGACAAACCGGAAGAAGAAAAUGGCCACGGGGAUUAA